CUUUUCAAAUUUUUAGAUUUUAAAGUUUCUUUUGAUAGAGAGAAACUUAAAUCUUAAUUUAAUUUUCUGCAAUCUAUAAAAGGUUAAAAGGCGGAUAUAGACUCUACUGUGUAGAAAAGUAAUAAAAUUAAAGAAUUUUCCAUAUUUAUGCAGUGCAAGGACUCUUGUCAUUUGCUCGAAUGGCCCCGCUCAUGAACUUAGCGAUGAGCAGGUGUCGUUCAUUAGUCAGCCCUAAUGCCCAACCCUUAUCUUUUCGCCCUUUAUAUACAUAUCUUAUGCACCCACCAAUUAUCUAGACCAUCUUUCUCCAUUUCUCCAUUAUCAGUAGAAUUUGUUUAGGGUUUUCCAGAUCUGAAAAUGAGCAAGCCUGUGGAAGUUGACAACUUGGUAAAUGUGAAAGAAGAAUCAGUAGACUCAGCUGGAUCCUAUGAUCUCAAUAUCUCAAAACUUAUCGACAUUGAUCACUAUGAGGUGCCGGGCGGCUAUGGAUUUGUUCAUGCCAUGCAUUUAAUAGUGAAAGAAAAUAUGAAGCAUAUGGGAGAAGUAGUUGACUAUGAUGCUAAAAAGAGAUGGUUCAAGGUUGUGUAUGAAAAUGGUAUAUCUGAGAAUGUUGAUCGGGAUGAAGUUGAUCGAAUUGUAGUUGGCAAUGAUCUUGUCGAAGCCAAUCCUAUUCAUCAUGUUGACGUCAAUUCUAUCAAUCCUAUUGAAGUCAAUUCUAAUGAUCCUGUUGAAAUCAAUUCUAUCAAUCCUAUUGAAGUCAAUUCUAAUGAUCUCGAGCCUAGGGAGCAAGAGGAGAGAGAGGCUGUGGUAGUUGGAGAGACUGCACAAACUUCUCCUGAGAACCGUUCUCCAAGAAGAGAAGUACAAGAAGAACCAAGGACCGAGCAAGCAAAACGCAGAGGCAGAAAAAGGGGGAGGCCAGCUGCAAAACCAUCCACCAGUCCUUAUGUGCCUGUGUAUAGACAAAAGAAGAGGGCAGGCAGAGGCAGAAAAAGGGGAAGGCCAGCUGCAAAACCAUCUACCACUCCUUAUGUGCCUCUAUAUAAACAGACGAAGAGGGAUGCCUACUACUGGUACUAGUUGUGCCAUCAUACUAUUAUCGGUCCUCCCGCAGGAGUAAACAUGGUGAAUUGCAGCAAGAGUCUAAUUUACUUAUGUUCAACUUGAGUUUUUCUCUAGUUUGUUUUAUAUAUAGAUGGAUUUAUAUAUAAGAGAGAAAGUUGAAACUUUUGCUCUUUUUUUCACUUUUUUUCUGUUUUUCUAUUUGUGAAUCUUAUUAAUAUUUUUAUAUAUUAUAUUUAUAGCAAUGAUUUAAAGUA